UUUUUAAUUAUAAAAGGAUUUGAAGAAAAUGAUCGGUAAAUUAAUUUGUACCGAUCUUUAUUUUACUAAGUCGCAUCAAAGAUGGCGGUGGCUCGGGGAGUGAUUCAUCUGCAAGUGAGCUUUCGGCUCUUUCAGAGGCUAACUUUGCCAUUGACACAAACCAGAUUUUUACAUGACAGAACACGGCAUGUUAAGGAAAAUGAAAAGAGAAGCUUUGAUCUGGUUCUUACACGGGAGCAAAGCACAAAUCAACCAGAUGGGCCAGAGGUAAAAGAUUUCACAUCCCUGAGUCUCAAGCCGAACCAUGUUCCUGGUAAACAGCUUGCACACACUGGAAAAACUUCUGUUGGAGAAUAUGCUGUAGCCAGGGUUGAUGAUCUUAUAAACUGGGGCAGAAGGGGUUCAAUCUGGCCAUUAACAUUUGGUCUUGCCUGCUGUGCAGUAGAAAUGAUGCAUUUCGCUGCACCAAGAUAUGACAUGGACAGGCUUGGUAUGGUGUUCAGAGCAAGUCCACGCCAAGCAGAUUGUAUUAUAGUUGCUGGGACUCUCACAAACAAAAUGGCACCAGCCCUUAGAAUGAUUUAUGAUCAGAUGCCUGAUCCCAGAUGGGUAGUGAGCAUGGGAAGUUGUGCCAAUGGUGGAGGUUACUACCACUAUGCAUAUUCGGUAGUAAGGGGAUGUGACAGGAUUUUGCCUGUAGAUGUAUAUGUACCAGGUUGUCCACCAUCUGCAGAAGCAUUGUUAUAUGGAAUGCUUCAGUUGAAAAAGAAGAUUAAUAGAGAUCAAAGAAAGUACCAUUUUUUCAGACAACACAUGGCAGCACGUAAGAGAAUGAAAAAAGAUGAAAUAGAACAUUUAUCAGAUUACAAGAAACUUGAGAAUGGCCAAUGAGAUGAGCAGCUUAUUGAUUACUACUCAACAAUCUGUACUCACGUGAUAAGGAUCUGCUUGACUGAACUUUCAAUGUUUUGUUCACAAGAACAGUGUGACAAUGAUUAAUAACUCAGAAUUGCUGGAAACUUGCAUUGCAUGCUUUGUUGCACUUUCAGUUAUAUAUUAAAAGAGAUUUGAAAUGUGA